AUGCCCAUUCCGACCGCCGAACAGUACGACAGAGAACAGGCCAACGCACGUCAAGUAGCCUCUGCGGGCCAGGUCUCUACAGACAACAGCAGCGGCCGUCAGCUUGGAACUGGGACCGGCAGCACCAUUAGUGCGCCCGGGUCAUCCUCUUCGCAGGAUGCGAGUGCGCUCAGUAAGGAGGAGGCCGACCGACUCUAUGAGGAGCGCAUGGAGGAGGAAUAUGCCAAAAGAGAGGGCGGCGCAUAG